AUGGCGGACAAUGAAGGCCCAUGGAACAACCAAUGGCACUUGCUGCAGCAGAGCCAGCAGCAGGCGGAGGAGCAGCAUUGGAAGGGAACGGAAGAGCAGCACUGGAGGGGAGCGGAGGAUCAGCAAUGGCGGCAGGAGGUGCAGCCACAGUUGUUUGGUCACCUUCUGGGUCAUCAGCAGUUGGAUGGGGAUGCUGGGCUGAGGGGCGGUGCAGACAUGGUCGAGCAAACGCAGCAGCAGCACCAACAGCAGCAGCAGCAGCAGCAGCAGCAGCAGCAGCAGCAGCAGCAGCAGCAGCAGCACCAGCACCAGGAGCAGCAGCAGCAGCAAUGGUUCUCAAGAAACCCAAGCAUGGAGGAGCAAGCAGGAAGCGUUGCUGCAGGCCUGCUAGCAUCCGCACCCAUUCUGGACCACUCACUAGAUCAAUCCCCUUCCAAAGCCCUGAACUUGCUCUCUCAGAAUCACAACCACAUGGCUGCAGGCGCUGCAGGCGCCUCUGGCAACGCCUUGUCUGUUCAUCCCCAAACCCUCCUCCCCACAGCAGGCAGCAGCCCUGUCCAACCCCCCAACCACCUCAAAUCAAACUCCGAUUCAAAAUCCCUCUCCGGAGGCUCGGGAACGGCCCAGCCUGCCGAGCCUGACUCGGGGAACGCGGCGACCAGCGCCAAGCCUGCGUCCAACAGCUGCGGCGGGGACCCGAAGCUGUUCCGGGGGGUGCGGCAGCGGCACGAGGGUCGGUGGGUGGCCGAGAUCCGAUACCCUAAGAAACGCUCCCGCGUAUGGCUAGGCACUUUUAACACCCCGGAAGAAGCAGCUAGAGCGUACGACCGAGCUGCUGUGAAGCUACGCGGGCCUAAGGCGAGGACUAACUUCCCCCACCCUGCCCUGACGGAAUGGCAGCCUCUGCCAGGGUAUGGGUCAGGGUUUAACGCUGCUGGAAGCUCUGUAGGCGGCCAGGGGAGGCAGGUUCAGGUGGUGGUGUCUGGGAGUGGUGGUGGGGAAGGGGGGUUGGUGGGGGGAGUUGCGGCAGGGGGGAUUGUUGGGGGGCAAACAGGGUUAGGCGGUGGGGGGGGUGUGGGGGUUGGUGGAUCGUUCGGUGGGCUGUUGGAAGGGCAAGGAGGAGGAGGAGGAGGAGGUGGUGGUGGUGGUGUUGAUGCUAGUGGCAUGAUUGGCGGUGGCAUUGGUGGUGGUGUUGGUGGGGGGAUGAGAGGGCCUGUGGGUGGUUUGGAUGGCACCACUCUGCAGCAGCUGCAGUCUUUGGGGAUUCCGCCUGCUGUCGUAGGUGCUUUGCAGCAGCAACACCCGUUGCAGCAGCAGCAGAAGCAGCAGCAGCAGCAGCAGCAGCAGCAGCAGCAGCAGCAGCAGCAGCAGCAGCAGCAGCAGCAGCAGCAGCAGCAGCAGCAGCAGCAGCAGCAGCAGCAGCAGCAGCAGCAACAGCAAUUUGGGUCAUCGGGCAAAGAGGAGAACAGUUGGAGAAUCAAGGAAAGCGAGCCAGAAGGGAGAAUUCGAAUGGAUCUGAAGAGUCAUCGACCGGGGUGA